AUGGCAGCCAGUCGGCGGUUUCCCACAAAACUUGGGAGCUGAUGAGGGACGACGGUGAUGAGUAUAUCGAUGAUCCUGAUGCGCGCGCAGUCACAGAAUCUGGCAUUCCCGAGAUCCCAGACUCCAAUCCUGGCGGGUAUGGUGAUCACCGAGCGCAGUCUCCUAUGUCUCGCAAUCCUGCCGACCGUGGUAGAGAUAGUGGCUGGGCUGGCGAUGAUCUUCCACUCCCUCCCGCGUGGCAGCGCAUCCAUCAGCGUCUUCUCAACUGGGCUAUAGUUUGGCCCUUGAGCGAAUUGGAAAGCGCGCUGAAUAGCACUACCCGCGGCAACCAAGUCGACGAAGUGGCGUUGAGUAUUUGGUCCACACAGACGUACAAACGUUAUGUGCGUAGCAAGAUGACAGAUAGUCCUCCUGGGCGGGUUGACCGCUUGUUUGUGCCACCUAACAUGGCGGACGCCAUCAGCAAUGCUGUGUUCAAUGGCCGACAUGGCGACGCAUCUGGGAUGCUCCGCGAGCUGUGGUACCCAUUCGGAUUGGAUGGCAUGCCCAGGCUUCUCAUUGUCCUUGCCAGACAUCGCUCAGACGCCAAUCAUUGGGUCGUGCAUCGGUUCUCUCUUCCUGACGGCACACUUACAACUUACGAUUCUUAUCCAGAACGGUGUCUACCUGAUGGCCGCCCUCUUGGAUGGUGGUUUGCAAUCCGUAUUGCCUGGCCAAACGCCAUAUACCCUAGCCCCGACCAUCUUAUGCAGAAGAUGGUUCGCUUGCACCGCCCGAUGCAGCUCGGGAUCGACAACUCUGUCGCCGCCGCCGGAAUUUGGCGCAAUUUGCUCAUGGGCUCUCGCGCGGAGCGCAGUCUCGACCUGGAGCGUCUGAGGGACCUUAUCAACACCGAGGUCAAGAAUCUGCGUCAGAGAAAACAGAUGGGCAAAUUGUCGAUCGGUGCGCCAAGGCCGAACUGGGAAGACAUGAACUGAUGAGCAACGGAAGCUGGAUGUAUGUACAAGUGUGUACUGACCGUUUCGCAUCAUUUUGUAAUGUGUCUUGUUUGUACUAUACUUGCGGGCUUUCGCUUUGAGACUCAUUUUUAUGCCAUAGUACGCGUGUUAUUCUUACUGAUCUAGACUGUAUGGAGAAUUCUCAGAGGACUCGGAUACGAUACCCCUCAUGCACUGCGUAAUGCGUUUGAAGCUUCGUAAGGUACAUGUAACAUUCUACUCGAUUGGCUGCUGCAUG